UCACACACUGUAAUUUCUAUAAGAAACUCUCUCACCUUUCGGCGACGAUUCAUGAGUGCGAUUUUUGCUUUUAUAAAUAUAAAUUUUCUUUCUCGUGCAUCUGUCUUAAUUUGUCAAUUGAAAUUUUGCCUCUCUGCGAGUAUUUGUGUGUGGCUCACACGUUCGUAACCAAACCACUAUUUUCUAUGCUAUUUUUGCACGAAAAUGUGCACCUAAUUAUACAUUAAAAUUAAAUCAGAAACCCUCCUCUUUUUGCCGAAGAACAAAAGAAUGUGAAGCAAGAGAAGAAGAAAAAUCAAGUUUACGCGAAAGCAUUCGAACAAUGACUUUAAUUUAAAGUUCAAUGGGAAAUAGUUGAGAGAGCCGCAUUAAACGGCGCGAAAUUGAGUGAUUUUUCGACAUUUUCUUUCUUGUGGUUAUUUGGAAAGAGAUUAAUACGCAAUCGGAAGAUCAUAAAAACAAAAAAUAAAAUAAGUUAUUAUAAAUUUAAUAACAACCUGUUGUGUGUGGUGGAGGAACGUCGCGUGAAUUUUUUUUUGCCAUUGUGACUUCUCAGAGAUUUUAGUUUCUUUAUAAAAAUGGACACCAUGGAUCAAGCGAGACCCAUACAGGUGAUUACAACUGGGGAGGAACACACGUUUCUCCUUGAGGAGGAUGAAUUGACGGAGAUUCUCCUGCAGGAGGAUAUUAAGGAUCGUUUUGUGGUUGUUGUAUCCGUUGCCGGAGCCUUCCGGAAGGGUAAAAGUUUCCUCCUUGACUUCUUCCUGCGCUACAUGUACUCCACAUACGUUCAGCAAACGCGGACCAAAGAUUGGCUGGGCUCAGACAGUGAGCCCCUUAAAGGUUUCUCAUGGCGCGGUGGUUCAGAGCGCGAUACAACGGGCAUACUAAUGUGGUCAGAUAUUUUCCUCCAUGACUACCCCAAUGGGCUCAAAGUGGCCAUCAUACUGCUGGACACGCAGGGGGCAUUUGAUAGUCAGAGCACCGUACGGGAUUGUGCCACAGUAUUCGCCCUGAGUACAAUGGUGUCAUCCGUGCAGAUUUUCAAUCUCUCCCAGAACAUUCAGGAGGAUGAUCUGCAGCAUUUGCAACUCUUCACGGAGUACGGGCGCUUAGCGCUUGCAGAUUCAGGCAAGACACCCUUCCAGCGACUUCAGUUCCUCGUGCGUGACUGGAGUUUCCCCUAUGAGGCACCCUAUGGUGCCGAAGGGGGUGAAAUGAUUCUCAAGCGACGCCUGGAGGUGUCGGAUAAGCAACAUCCGGAACUCCAAUCACUCAGGCGACACAUAAAGUCGUGCUUCUCAAAAAUUGCAUGCUUCCUCAUGCCACACCCUGGGCUAACGGUGGCAACAAAUCCCAAAUUCGACGGGCGCCUAGCGGACAUUACGGAUGAAUUUAAGGAUAGCCUCAAGGAGCUCCUACCGCAAAUUCUCGCCCCGGAAAAUCUCGUUAUUAAAGAGAUAAAUGGUCAGAGGGUACGAGCACGUGAGCUCAUUCAGUACUUUGUCUCCUACAUGAAUAUCUACAAGGGUAGUGAGCUACCGGAGCCCAAGAGUAUGCUCGUUGCAACGGCAGAAGCCAAUAAUUUAACAGCUGUUGCCGAAGCAAAGGAUCUAUACGUACAACUAAUGGAGGACGUUUGCGGGGGGACAAAACCCUUCCUCAGCAAUGCGCAUCUCGAUGCUGAACAUCAGAGGAUUAAGGAGAAGGCUCUUCAUCAGUUCUCGGCUAAGAGGAAGAUGGGCGGUGAUGAAUUUUCGGAGAAAUAUCGCGAAAAAUUGGAUAAUGAUUUGGAGGAGUCAUUUGGAAAUUUCCGGGCACACAAUGAAAGUAAAAAUAUCUUCAAAGCCGCACGAACGCCGGCUGUUUAUUUUGCAAUAGCCGUCGUCAUGUACAUCAUGAGCGGCAUCUUCGGUCUCUUUGGCCUGUAUGUCUUUGCCAAUUCUGCAAAUUUAAUAAUGGGUGCUGCACUCCUCACCCUGGCCAUGUGGGCUUACAUAAGAUACAGCGGUGAAUUGAGUGAUUUUGGCUCCAAACUCGAUGGGUUGGCGGACUUUCUGUGGGAAAAUUGGAUGAAACCGUUCUAUCAGGGAUGCAUGGAGAAGGGUAUCCAGCACGUGGCAACGCAUGCUGUGGAAUCCACAACGGGCGUCUCAACGACAAAUCGAACGUCCAAUCAUCGGCAGCACCGCAAUCGUGAACAUGCGGCCAAUGGCAAAGUUAAGAGUUCAUGAGAGUACGCAAAUGCGAAGCAAUCGACGGCAUCACAGCAAAAUCGGAAAAAAUCAAGAAAGUCUGUGCCUAAAAAUUGCUGAUAAAUCCACUCCCCCCUCCAACAGGAAGGAGACAGUCAGACCCCUAUUGAAAAAAAAAAACAAAAACACGAAGAAGUAACAAAAAUCAUUGAAGUCCCAUUUUUCCGUUUAAAUUUAAAUCCGAUUCUAUUUAUAUUUCCGUAAACGUUGAAAAAAUUUCAGGAGAGAAGUGAAAAUAAAAUUAAUUGAAGUUUUUUUUUUGUGAAAGAAUUUUCUUCUCCUGACGGAAAUAUUCCGCCUUGUUUUGAAAAUUUUGUUCAUUCUAAUUUCCGAAUGAAUUGUGAAAGCCUUUUUUUUGUUUUUUUAUCAGUGUGAUUAAAGGCUUGCUUUUUGGGACCAUCUGCAAGAUUGUGAAAAAAGGGCAAACCUCCUCACCUGAAAAUUCUUGUAAAAUUGAACCUGUGCAUGACAUUAAGAAAAAAUAGUCGACUUAAUAGUAAUUUCUCCAAGUCAAAUCGUUUAACUCUUUGUUUUCUCUUUCUGUUAUGUUAAUUUAAUAGUUAAAAAAAAACGAAUUAUGUAUAAUUUUCCUUGUUAAAACGUAUACCUACAUAUAUAGAGUUGUGGACGGUGGAUGUGAAAUGCAAUGACAGAAAUAUUAA